GGGGCGGGCCCGGAAGUGACGCGCCCGGGGUUUGUUGACAGCGGAGGCGGCGGCGGCUGCGGGCUCCGAGCCUCGGAGCCGGAUCGGGGGAGGGGCCGGGCCCCGGAGCCAGCACCCGGCGGCCCUCGGCCCCGCCCGCAGCCUUCAGGGCCAGGCCCCGGCGCCCCCAUGAUCCUGUGAGUGCGGGACUCGCCGUUGCCCCUGGGGGCCCCCCCCGCUGUGGAGUGACCCCCCCCAGCCCUCCUCGAGAUGGCGUCCGACACCCCCGAGUCCCUGAUGGCCCUCUGCACCGACUUCUGCCUGCGGAACCUGGACGGCACCCUGGGCUGCCUGCUGGACAAGGGCACCCUGCGGCUGCGCCCCGACAUCUUCCUGCCCAGCGAGAUCUGCGACCGGCUCGUCAAUGAGUACGUGGAGCUGGUCAACGCCGCCUGCAACUUCGAGCCCCACGAGAGCUUCUUCAGCCUCUUCUCCGACCCCCGCAGCACCCGCCUGAGCCGCCUGCACCUGCGGGAGGACCUGGUGCAGGACCAGGACCUGGAGGCCAUCCGCAAGCAGGACCUGGUGGAGCUGUACCUGACCAACUGCGAGAAGCUGUCGGCCAAGAGCCUGCAGACGCUGCGCAGCUUCGGGCCCACGCUCGUGUCCCUGAGCCUCUACGGCUGCGCCAACAUCUUCUACGAGGAGGAGAACCCGGGGGGCUGCGAGGACGAGUGCCUGGUGAACCCCACCUGCCAGGUGCUGGUCAAGGACUUCACCUUCGAGGGCUUCAGCCGCCUGCGCUUCCUCAACCUGGGCCGCAUGACCGACGGCGUGCCCGUGGAGCCGCUGCUGCGGCCGCUCCGCGCGCUGGCCGCCCUGGACCUGUCGGGCAUCCAGACGAGCGACGCGGCCUUCCUGACCCAGUGGCAGGACAGCCUGGUGUCCCUCGUGCUCUACAACAUGGACCUCUCGGACGAGCACAUCCGCGUCAUCGUCCAGCUGCACAAGCUGCGGCACCUGGACAUCUCCCGAGACCGCCUCUCCAGCUACUACAAGUUCAAGCUGACUCGCAAAGUGCUGAGCCUGUUCGUGCAGAAGCUCGGGGACCUCAUGUCACUGGACAUCUCCGGCCACAUGAUCCUGGAGAACUGCAGCAUCUCCAAGAUGGACGAGGAGGGAGGGCAGACCAGCACGGAGCCGGCCAAGAGCAGCAUCGCCCCCUUCCGCGCGCUCAAGAGGCCGCUGCAGUUCCUGGGGCUCUUCGAGACCUCCCUGUGCCGCCUCACGCACAUCCCGGCCUACAAGGUGAGUGGGGACAAGAACGAGGAGCAGGUGCUGAACGCCAUCGAGGCCUACACGGAGCACCGGCCCGAGAUCACCUCGCGGGCCAUCAACCUGCUCUUCGACAUCGCGCGCAUCGAGCGCUGCACCCAGCUGCUGCGGGCCCUGAAGCUGGUCAUCACGGCCCUCAAGUGCCACAAAUACGACAAGAACAUCCAGGUGACGGGCAGCGCGGCCCUCUUCUACCUGACCAACUCGGAGUACCGCUCGGAGCAGAGCGUCAGGCUGCGGCGGCAGGUCAUCCAGGUGGUGCUGAAUGGCAUGGAGUCCUACCAGGAGGUGACGGUCCAGCGGAACUGCUGCCUCACCCUGUGCAACUUCAGCAUCCCCGAAGAGCUGGAGUUCCAGUACCGCCGAGUUAACGAGCUGCUGCUCAGCAUCCUCAGCCCCACGCGGCAGGACGAGUCCAUCCAGCGCAUCGCCGUGCACCUGUGCAACGCCCUGGUCUGCCAGGUGGACAACGACCACAAGGAGGCCGUGGGCAAGAUGGGCUUUGUGGUGACCAUGCUGAAGCUGAUUCAGAAGAAGCUGCUGGACAAGAUCUGUGACCAGGUGAUGGAGUUCUCCUGGAGCGCCCUGUGGAACAUCACGGAUGAGACCCCCGACAACUGCGAGAUGUUCCUCAAUUUCAAUGGCAUGAAGCUCUUCCUGGACUGCCUGAAGGAGUUCCCAGACAAGCAGGAACUGCACCGGAACAUGCUGGGCCUCCUGGGCAACGUGGCGGAGGUGCGGGAGCUGCGGCCCCAGCUGAUGACGUCCCAGUUCAUCGGGGUCUUCAGCAACCUGCUGGAGAGCAAGGCCGACGGGAUUGAGGUGUCCUACAACGCCUGCGGGGUCCUGUCGCACAUCAUGUUCGACGGGCCCGAGGCCUGGGAGAUCAGCGAGCCGCAGCGCGAGGAGGUGGAGGAGCGCAUGUGGGCGGCCAUCCAGAGCUGGGACAUCAACUCGCGGAGGAACAUCAACUACCGGUCCUUUGAGCCCAUCCUUCGCCUCCUCCCGCAGGGCAUCUCGCCUGUGAGCCAGCACUGGGCCACCUGGGCGCUCUACAACCUCGUGUCUGUCUACCCGGACAAGUACUGCCCCCUGCUGGUGAAGGAGGGCGGCCUGCCCCUGCUCAGGAACGUCAUCAGGAUGGGCACAGCGCGGCAGGAGACCAAGGAAAUGGCCCGCAAGGUGACGGAGCACUGCAGCAGCUUCCAGGAGGAGAGCAUGGACACAACCAGAUAGAGGGUCUGCCCCCCGGCGCUGCCCCGGACCCGGGGACACAGGGGACUUUGCACAACUGACGCUUUUCUUUAACUUUAGUGAGAUAUAUAUAUUAUAUAUAUAUAUUAUUUUUUUUUUGUUAGGAAGUGUGAAGUUUUGUGUGUACGAAUUCUGUACAAAAAAAACAAAAAAAAACAAAAAAAAAACAAACGUGACAUUCCCUGAGUCCUCAGCGUCCUCGGCUUCGCUCCAGCCCGGCUUGGGCCUCCGCCACUGCCGCCCCGCCCUCCCCGCUAAUGCCUGGAGCCUCGCUCGCGUCCCUCCUCGUCCCCCCACCGCCCCCACGAGACUCCCCCAGCCCAUGGGGGGCAGCUGAGGGGGUGUGGCUCUCCCAGAGGGGCAGGAGCGUGAAGGGGUGCGGGUAGCCCUGCCCUGAGGCUCGGAGUGGGGCUCGGGCCCUGCCGGCCAGGCCUGCCUGAGGCCACGCUGCUACGGAGGCCACUGACCAGUCUCCCCCGGCCCCAGGCGGUGGCCGGCCCCUGCCCAGGACGGCCAGAACCAACGACUCCGCACUUCUGUCCCUUCCGCCAGCGCCUUCCGGGGUGGGGGGCCCGCCCCACCCCCUGCCAGCUCUUCCUUCCACAGCACCCAGGGUGCCCACCAGCACAGCCCGCCUCACCCUCCCCUUCCCGCUCCUCCCUGGCUUAUGGGGGACAGGGGCGCACAGCAGGCCGAUGCCCCCAGACCAGCAGUGGGCACAGCCUGACCCCUCCCGCCCCAGCCCCCUCCUUCCGGCCUGGCCCUUGGCUUGACCUGAGGGGCAUGCCCGGUGGUGUUUGGGUAAAGCCUGAUUUGCAGAUGCUUCUAGAAGGCUCCCAUGAGCCUCUCCGGACGGACGUCCAACAUGCUGCCCGUGGACAGUGGGGAGGAGGAGCGGCCCCCUGGAAUAGCCCCGGGGUGCAGAGUGGGGGGAGGGGUGACUCCCCUGCCCCUCUUCUCCAGGACCUCCUGGCGUCUCUGCCUUGGGGCCAGGGCCUGGUCCCAGUGCCCCUCCCUGCCCAGGACUCUGCCCUCCCUGCAGGCCCCGCCCUGAGCCAGCCCCGGGCAGAGCUCAUGCCACCUCGCUUUGCCACCCGGAGUCGGGUAAAUGUCUGUACUUUGCGAUGUCACAGAAAUACAUUUUUGUGUAAAGUG